UCAGAGCGACUGCCGGAAGUGAGUGCGCGCAAAUCGGCUUUGCCAAGUCUGGCGCGUUUAGGGUGUCUGCGCUAGUUGCUGCUUUCGGGCACGAAAAAUGCCAGGUCUGGCGGCCGCAAGCCCUGCCCCAUCUGAGUCGCAGGAGAAGAAGCCGCUGAAGCCCUGCUGCGCCUGCCCGGAGACCAAGAAGGCGCGCGAUGCGUGCAUCAUUGAGAAAGGAGAAGAGCAAUGUGGACACCUAAUUGAAGCCCACAAGGAGUGCAUGAGAGCCCUGGGAUUUAAGAUAUGAAAUGGUGAGCAUGGUGCUUUCCUAGUGGAAAGGUGGUCUGCUCUGGGAGUGAAUAGUUCCUGAGAAAUGAAGAAGAUUCAAUAACUUUGGGAGUUCCUUGCUGAAAAUUGAUAAAUAAAAAAUUAUUUAUAAUUUAUUUUUAAAAAUCCCUA